AACAUUUCUGAUUCAUGCAUGCCUGUUGUUCGUUCAUGGUGUUUAUGUAUUUACCAUACUUCGCAGAAUAGCUUCUUAUCUCUAUAAGAUAUUGCAUUUUUGUGGCGUUACUUUCAAUGCAGUUAGAAAAUAUAUAUUGUGUUUGUGGACGUAAAAGCGUUGCAUCAACAAAAUGAGCGAUGAGUACGAACCGCAUGCUGUUCCUGCCAGCGCAAUACAAUCCAGUCAACCAAAAUCAACAAUCAUAAAGAAGGGAAACACAAGAGCAAAGAAAGGGCUGGGUGCAAAGAAAACUGGUGGACUUGGGGCUCAACGGGUGAAAAAGAUUGAUUUUUCUGAACUUGAAAAAAAUGCCGAAGAAGCAGACAAAGCUCAAAUGCGACUUUCUGUGUCAUCAUCUGGGAGUGAUAAAAAACAAAAUGAAAAAUUAACUGAUACAUCAAGAAGACUGGCCUAUCAAGAUAUAGAAAAACAGGAGAAACAGGUAGACAAGAAACUGUCAGCAAUGGAUGACAGGAAAAAAGAGCAAGCUGUUAGACUUGGAAUGGGAAUGGGAAAAGUCGAGGGUGUUUCCCAUUCUAUGAAAAUUAUGACAAUUGAUCAAACCUCUCCACAAGAUGAACGGCCGAGGAGGAAUCGAUAUAGAGAUGACGACAUGUUUUUUGAUGCAAAAUCAUCAAGAGACCAUUGGAUGGAUGAUAAUGACAGUGAUGAUGAUAAUAAUACAUGGAAAACACGAGAUUUCAGUUACAAACAAACAUUUUCUAAAAGUGAUACAAAAACAAAACCAUCAAGAAAUGAUCCUCCUUCGUAUUCAAUCGAACCAAUUAACGAUCCUCAUAAAAACAUUUCUUCUGUUAUUAUAUCAAACAAUGCAAGAGAUGAAAAUGAAAGUUCACGUCAAAGAAAAACCCCAAUUAGUUGA